AAGUAUUUAAGAAGCUUGUGGAGUAAUAUGAAUAAAGUAAUAUAAGAUCUGCAGGAAGUCCCUCAAGAUAACUGGAAAAGAAGAAUUUCUAGACUCUUCAUCAAGAUCUUCAUUUACCCAGUUAAAUCCAAGGCUCCUGUGGUAAAAUAAUGAAUAAAAAUACAUCUGCUGUGGUAUCAUCCAGUCUACUUGAAAAGGAUCCUGCCUUUCAGGUGAUUACAGUUACCAAGGAAACAGGCCUUGGUCUGAAGAUCCUAGGAGGAAUUAACCGGAAUGAAGGUCCCUUGGUAUAUAUUCAGGAAAUCAUUCCUGGAGGAGACUGUUACAAGGAUGGACGUUUGAAGCCAGGAGAUCAACUUGUCUCAAUAAACAAGGAAUCUCUGAUUGGUGUAUCCUUUGAAGAAGCGAAAAGCAUAAUUACCAGAGCCAAGUUGAGGUCAGAAUCUGCUUGGGAGAUAGCGUUCAUAAGACAAAAAUCUGAUGGCAGUCAUCUAGAAAAUCCAUCUUGUACAUCUUUUUUACAAGCUUCUGGAGAAUAUGGACCUCAAGUCUCGACAUUUAGCCUUCUUCCUUCUCCCCCUGAAAUACUAAUUCCAAAGACCUCAUCCACUCCCGAAACCACAGAUACCAUUUUAUCUUCUUUUAGGAUCAAUCAGAUAAAAACUGGAUACAAGAAAACAGAACAGACUCCAAUCACUUCUUUGGAAAAUAGCCCUACGGAUAUGUCUAAUACUGAUAUUGCCCCUGCAUGGACUGAUAAUUAUGGACCACAAGGAAAGAAGAUUUCCCUAAAUCCCUCUGUUCGCCUUAAGGCAGAGAAACUGGAAAUGGCUUUAGAUUAUCUUGGAAUUCAGCCCACAAAGGAACAACAUCAAGCCCUGAGGCAGCAAGUGCAAGUAGACCCAAAGGGGACAGUGUCUUUUGGAGAUUUUGUCCAGGUUGCCAGAAACUUGUUUUGCUUGCAGCUGGAUGAAGUGAAUGUCAGUGCACGUGAUAUUUCCAGCAUAUUAGAUUCACAGCUUCUUCCCUGUGAUUCCUUAGAGGCAGAUGAAAUAGAAAGGCUUAAGCGUGAAAGAAAUGAUGCCUUGGAGGAAGUGAAUACACUCAAGGAAAAGUUAUUUGAAUCAGAAAGACAAAAGAAACAGUUGACGGAAGAACUCCAGAAUGUGAAACAAGAAGCCAAAGCUGUGGUUGAAGAAACCAGAGCCCUGCGAAGUCGAAUCCACCUGGCUGAGGCUGCACAGCGCCAGGCACAUGGAAUGGAAAUGGACUAUGAAGAAGUGAUCCAUCUGUUAGAGGCCGAGAUCACAGAUCUAAAGGCUCAGCUUGCUGAUUAUUCUGACCAAAAUAAAGAAGGUUUUCAAGAGUUAAGAAAGAGAAUUACAGUACUCGACUGCCAAUUGCGAAAAUCGGAAAUGGCUCGAAAAACUUUGGAGGCAUCCACUGAAAAGCUUCUUCAUUUUGUAGAGACUAUUCAAGAAUUAUUUUCUGAUAAUUCUUCUCCUUUAUCAAAUUUAAGUGAAAGAAGAGCUAUGUUAGCUUCUCAGACUUCCCUUACACCACUGGGAAGGAAUGGACGUAAUAUCCCAGCAACGCUGGCUCUUGAAUCUAAGCAACUUGUUAAAUCUGUUCGGGCCAUACUUGACAUGGAUUAUCUACCUUAUGGGUGGGAGGAAGCUUACACAGCAGAUGGAAUCAAGUACUUCAUCAAUCAUGUAACACAGACGACGUCCUGGAUCCAUCCUGUGAUGAGUGCACUGAACCUGUCCUGCUCAGAGGAGAAUGAAGAGGAUUGUUCCAGAGAACUUCCCGAUCAGAAGAGCUGAUGGUCUUCUGUAGGAAGCUGAGCUCCAUGGUCUUGUAACAUCUCAUUCUACAUGGAUGACUCCCAACACGCAAUGGUCUAAAACAGGAGCAAAACACAUAAGCAAGAACUACUUAUUGAAGUUCUGAAAUAGAGACUCUAGAGUUAGGCUACUUUUGUAAAACUUUUUUUUUUUUUUUUUGCUUGUGAUGAGCAUUUUGUUUGUUUGUUUUAUUGAAGUGUAAUUAACAUAUAGUGUUAUAUUCAUUUCAGGUGUACAACAUAGUGAUUCAACAAUUCUGUACACUACUCCGUGCUCAUCACAAUGAGGGUACACUUAAUUCCCUUUAUCUAUUUCGUCCAUCCCCCCACGCAGCUCCCCUCUGGCAACCACCCUCUUGUUAUCUGUAUUCAAGAGUCUGUUUUUUUGUUCUGUCUCUUUUUUCCUUUGUUCAUUUGGUUUGUUUCUUAAAUUCCACAUAUGAGUGACAGUAUAUGGUAUGAUGAAACUUUUUGAUAUAAGUAUAUACAUUUAUAAGAUCAGUUGCCACUACAGUAGUUCUUUAAGAAUUAUCUAGUUGCAUUUUUUGAAAUCACAUAUAAUUAGAUUUUAUAUAUGUAUAUUUUUUCAUAUACAAUUAGAUUUGUAAUUUUAUAUAUAGUUCUUUAUAGAGUAUCAGAUACCAUGGUUUUUAUAAUUAAGUCUUACUGGAAAAUUAUAUGAACACAGUGAAGCACUUCAUUUAUUUGAUAAGUCACUAACCUUUUAUAUUAGUAUCUUAGGAAAGUGAUCUGAGCAAGCUUUUGGGAGUUUCCUAAUGAUCACAUCUGGACAACUAUUUCAUAGGCUACGGAAUAUAGUUUACAUGUGUAUGGGGCUCGCUCAUUUACUAAAUGCUUCUCAGACCCUGUUUUAUUUAAACCACACAACAUGCCUGUGAGACAGAUCCUGGGGGUAUUUUUAUCCUUGUUUUUCGUUAGGGAAAUAGUGGUUCAGAGAAAUGAAACACCUUGUCCCGGGGCUGAGAGUCACACCUGUCUUCUGAUUCCGCAUCCAGCCCCGUUUCCACUGCACCCCACUGUCCCUGCAGAGAGAGUUCGCAGCCCAACACACAGGCCACCGCUGUUCUGUUGACACAGCUGAGCUCCACAGUUGUGCACUCCAGCUGCCACGGAGAUUCCGAGGCAUCUCUUCGCUCAGACAGGGCCCCCCAUAUAACCCCACUGUUUUCCUAUAAACCCCUCUCCCCCAAACAUUCACCACAUCAGGGCACGGCUCUGUGAUGCCCUUCCAACAGGCUUCUUUGAGCAGCUCACAUUUUUCUACAGUGAAGGGACUGGCUCCCAUCGGGGGUCUGCCCUGCUUAGGCUGCCCUUGCCAGAGGGAACAUUUGUGGGUUGCUAAUGAGAAGAGGAGCAUCUGGAAUCUCCUCUGCUAUUGGGACUCCUCCGUGAACUCUCCUGCUGUGAGUUCAAGACUGGUCUCAUGAUUGCUGAUAUCACCCUCCAAACUGAUCACGCUUUUCAUCUUAAGCUAUUUUAUUGUAAGGAUGCCACUAGACAGUUCCUGGAAGGAAGGAGCCAUUGACUUGGAAGGUUAAAGGUUUUCUCUCAGUUUAGUGGUUUUUAAACCUGGGGCUGGGGAUUGGGGUGGAGUGGGGAGGAAGUCAUUUUAAAUGUCCUGGGCAUUAGUUAGGUACAAGCUGAAUGAUAAAAAGGGAUUUAGUCAUAUCCAAUAUUAUGAUAUUGUUAGGUAAUAUACUUAGGAAGAAAGUGAGUAAGAAUCAUGAAUUAAUCAGAAUACCCUGUUCCCAGACCAUGCCUGGUAAGACCGAGAAGUUACUGUUUUUCACUGUGGUCUCUUCCCAGUACUCCCUCCCUCCUUCCGCCUCCUCCUCACUCCCCCCGCCACCUCUGAAAAACAUUUAGGGGAAAGGAACCCCAACCUUGAGAAUCAUGUGAUUCAGUCAUUUUCAAACAUCUUUUGGAGAAAACGACUCAUUUUUCAAAUGAAUCCUUAGGCAGAAUCCCAAUAUAUGUAACAGAUUUUUUUUUUUUUAAUAUUGCUGCUCUACUUGAAACGAGAGAAGCCUGAGGCCCAAUUAAAGGAGCCCCCCAGCACAGCUGUGCAAACCUAGAGCUCCUUGGAGUACAGUGUAAGAAUCCUCAAUUGUGACCAUUUUAUAGAUGAGUCAACUGAGAUCCUAAGAGGUCACAGAGUGAGUUAGUGGCCAGGCCAAGAUGGGACCUAGAUCCUAAAGUUUCCUAGGCUACUAAGUUUCAUAUGGCACGUAAUAUAAAUGUAUAUUGUAAAUAUAGGUCUAUGUUGUGCUCCCCCAUUCACUCCUGAAUAUAUAUAGGAUUUAUAAUUUACAUCUUGAAUAAUAGCAUAAAGUCAAAUCCAGACUGAUAGGCAGUCACUAGCCCCGAGAAAAGUUUCAGAAUGGCUGAAGAAAACUCGUGCUUCUCCUGACAGCUAUGUGAAUAUUAGCAAGCUUCAGGGAGACAAGUUUUGAGAGAAGUCCCUGAGGGAGCUCCUUCCUUGUGUCCCCCAGAGGUGAGUAAGAUUCUCAAACACCUGAAGUUACUUUUAUAAGUUAGUGUCUAUAAUUGUGGAAGUACAGGCUUUGGUUAUUGUUAAAUUAAUGGUAUGAAAUUUCCCUCCCCCUACUGGAAGUGUUUUUCUAAUUUGUUUCUAAGUGAAGAAAACACAGAGGAGACACUAGAGUCACUUGAAAUCAAGGUCCUCAGGCAUGCAUUUUAGUGACAGACACCUCAUAUGUUAACUUUGCUGUUUUGUGCCACUUUCUUCCUUGCUUCCUCCUGGAAUACCUCAUGGAAAAGGCCUAUGAAAAUUGUAAUGAUAUUCUUUGUUGAGCAUUUUGUGCCAUACAUUGAGAUGGGCAGUUUGCAUAGAUUACUUCAUUAUCUUCUUACAACCCCAUGAGGUAGAAACUAUAAUCAUCCCCAUUUUGUAAAGAAGAAAUUUAGGAUUGGAGACAGUUGCUAAUCUUUGCCUGAGGGUCACAGGGCACCUACAUGUGGAAGGCAGGGUUCAAGGCAGGUGUGGCACAGCCCAUUCUCUUAAACCACUCUGCAGAGCUGCUCAGAUCCAUCAUGUGUGACACUGAGGGGCAGAGCUAGGUCUGUGGGUCAGUUCCUCAAAGGGGCAGAUUCCAGUUCUGUGCCACCAGGAACGUUCUGGGAGUUAGGGCUCAUCAGGAAAGAAUUCCCCUGGAGGAAGUGAAAGCAUUAUUCCAGGAAGCGUUCAAUCUGAACUCCUUAUGGCAAUGGUACUGAGGAGGUUCAGGGUCUGAAUUGGCACAUCCGAGAUUUCUUCCUCUUUAUGCUUCUAUGACCUCCAAACCAACAGAUAAAUGCUCCCAAGAGACACUCAAAGAAAUAUGGUGGGGACUCAUUAAGAAUCCUUAUCCAGUGCAAAGAGAACCCCCAGAUUAUUUUUUGGUGAGUUGAUGUUUAUCUAGCCAGUCUUUCUUUAAUAUAAAUCAACCCUAUUGAUGUGAUAAACUUUUCUGUUGACCCACUGGCUCAGAUUCUAGGGUUAGAAAAUCUCAAUGCUCUUAUGUCCUUCCACCUCACCUCAUGAAAGAGUGACCAGGGUUGGUCAUCCUUACUCCUUUAUUCUCAGGGUACUUACUGAGCACCAAUAGUGUGCCAAGCACAGUGUGAGGCACUAUAGCAAAGUAGGACAAAAUAACCAUUUCCUGGGUCCUCUUAUUCUUGGUUGAAAAGUAAAAAGCUUCUCAGGUGGCCAGAGUUGGAACAGCUUCUCUUUAACUUCCAGAUGUUAAAAAUAAUCUAUUUCCAUUGAAAAAUCAAGUAGUAUGGAAUUGUAUAAAGUGAAAAAAAUAGCUCAUCUCACUUUCCAGAGGUAGUCAUCACAAAUAUUUUGAUGAGUGUUUUUACUCAUUUUUUACUGUUAAGCAGCUUGCUUUUGACAUAAUUUAUUGUGGUCACUUUUUCAUGUCAAUACAUAGAUUGUUCUAUUUCAAAUGUCUGUGUAAAAUAACAUUACCCAGAUAACUCAUAGUUUCUGCAGCUAUCAGACUGUUGAUGAACCCUUAAGCUGUUACAAGUUGUCUUCUGUUACAAUGUCACAGUAAACAUUCUUACAUUCAUUAAAUUCUUUUCUUCAUAUAUACAUGCACUCUUGUGCCAGUAGGUCUAUAGUGGGAAUACAUUCAUAAAAGCAAAUUGCUCUGUCAAAGGUUUGUUCAUUUUAUUUUUUGGUAAAUAUUCAAAAAUUCUCCACCAUUAAAAUAGGACCAAUUUACACCACCACCAAUGGUAUAUGAGAGUUUGUUUUCUAUAUAUUAUAGGACUUUUUAUAGUGCAAAGAUUGCCAAUAACUUUUCUGAUUGUUUUUGUCCUUAGAAGAGUAAUCCUCUUUUUAUCAUUGUCUAAGGACCUGAAUUUUUUUCCCCAUUAGGUUUUAGUUGUCCCUUAGCAGCAGAGAAUGCCUUGCUUAUAUAGGGGAGUCUGGCAAUGACUAAUUCACUGUCUGUUGAACACAUCAUUACUCUCCUCUUUUUAUUGACAUUUCCUACUUUAUAUAUAAUGGUGGUGAAAACCCACUCUUAAUGAGCUAACUUGGGUGAGAGCCCUUAGUAAAGUACAAAACACAGUGCAAACACAUCUGCAAGUUCUUUGAGCCUUGGUUUCCCCAUCUGUAUAUGGAAGAGGGUAAUCCCCUGACUCUUCUCAAACCAAUUCAACUCAUCGACCAUUUCCUGAGCACCUGCCAAAUGCCAGACAAGAUGCAAGGUCUUGAAGUUACCACACCAAAUAGUUCUGAUUCCCAAACCAAGAAACUCAUAAUCUAAAACCUUCCUUUAUUUCCUUUUUCCUCAAAAACCUUUAUUUUUCCUUAAAGGAGUAAGAAGUCAGGGAUUUGUUUAGUAAGAACCCCUGAAGUGAGGCCCUUUAUCACUCUCUCAAAUUUGAAUAAUUCCAAAAUAAUAUUAACACCCCUUGACUAGAAAUGAAAGAGAAACAUACUGUGAGGAGGGGCUCUCCAAUAAUAAAUGCUAAGCAGCUGUAAAAAUACAGAAUCAAAUGAUACCUCCAUAAAAUGUUUGCAAAACUAGAAAAUAUUAUCCUUUUUCUGGGGGGAAAUGGAUAUUUUUAUUUUCUCUGCUAAAGUGAACUGCAACUUUUUCAGAGGCCAACAAACUUCAAUUCUACCAUCUACAGAACAGAAAGAAUUGAACUACCAUUAAAACAACUUAUUGCACGUAGCUUUUGAGGAGAUGAACUUUAAACAGAAUAUGCCCAUGGGAACUUAACUUGAGAAAUAAAAUACCUGAGGUGUUUUAACCACAACUCUCCAGAUGUGGUAUUACUGUGCCUGCAUGAUGAUUAUCUAAAUGUUACGUGAAAUUCUGUAUGCACUUUCUUCAUAUGUCUUUAUGUCUAACUAAUACUACUUUCGUUAAUUUUUUUUAAGUUUGAUUUUUUA